CAUUUUCCAUAGUUAUUAUUGUAAACUUAAAGACUGAACGCUUGUGUUUCAAAAAAAAAAAGACUGAACGCUUAGAUCGAUCUGCGUAUAUUUUCUUCAAUUUGGCACGAAAAAGAUAUAAAGAUGGAGAUCAAAGUCAAACCAAAAGCCUUAGAGUCAGAGAUUAUAGCAACUAAAGUAGUGGAAGAUGAUAUGAAGGAGAUGAAAGAGUGUGUCCUGAUUGGUCAAGCCGCAGAUGAAGAUAUUGCUAAAGAACAAGCAAAUAUGAGUCACAACUCAGAUGAAGCAAAACAAGAUCAAGAUCAAACUAAGAGUGACUCAAGAUCGUCAUCCUCAUCACUUGAGAUGAUAAAAAAGUUGGAAAAUGGCAGAGAUUCGAGACAGAACGUAGAAAACACCAAAAAGGAAGAAGAGAAGAAAGAGAAUAAUAACAUGAAGCACAAGAAGGCGAGUUCACACGUGUGGGACUGUGGUAGCUCUCUCUACGACUCUUUCGAGCUGAACUCGUUCAAACGCCAACUCGAAUCAGCUAUAUCUGCUUCCUCCGCCAGAACUAUGUCCAUGUCUCACCUCCCCGACCGCCGAAUCCCUCUUCUGAACUCGCUCUCGCCGGAAUAUCCUCUUCCUCCUCCGCCGGUUACUUCUUGUUCCUCCUCCGGAAACAAGAAACUUUCAAACAAGAUCUCUCGUUCUCUUCAGAGAUUCUUGAAAUCAGUGUUCAGACCAAAACAUCAUCAAACUUUGUCCUCAAGCACUCCUUCUUCGCCGGUCUACAAAAGGGCGGGUCAUGGCGGAGGCGGUGGCGAUAAAGAUCGAUACUACGUCGUUUAUGACAAGUCAGGAUCGUUGACCACGAUUCCAGAGUCAACAGAGAAGGAAGUGGGCCCGGAGAUUAACUCUCUUGUUAGGAAAACCGUGUCCGAGAGAUUCCCGGCGAGUCGAGUAGCUGGUAUAACAUGUGCAUGAUUAAUAAUAUUUAUUAUCAAAGUCGUAUAUUUGGUAGUAUAUAUUAUGAUAUUAACUAGGGUGUUUUUCUUUAAGAAAACAUUUUGGAAAAAGUUAAUAAUCGUCUUGGAUGUAUGUGAAUGUCAAAAUCUAAUAAAUUUAUGAUGCAACGUACGUAUCGUAACCGUUUAGUUUGGAUUUAUCU